UUUUAAAUAGCAUUGACCUCAAAGAGGAAGUUCACCUUCCAGCCUCAACAAUAUCUUUGCAACACAUGACUUGAUGGUGGCUGCAGCCAUGAUAGAAAUCUUUAUUUCAUCAUUUCUGGAAAACACGACCCAUAACGGAAGUGAAAAAUUCAGUCUUAGACAACUACAUCGUAUCUCCAGAGGUUUUCUUGAAAGCUCUGUCAAACAUUUGGAUUGCUGUUUUCAUAGAAAAAUACUGUAUGUUUCCUGGUUUUCUUGGUCUGGACUUGGGAAUAUAACAUGGGAAAAGCUUCCUCCACAUGUCGACCCACCACUGAUGCCUCUAUGGCAGCCCCAGUGACCAGAAGCCACCUCAACAAGGACCACUUGAUCUUGGCUUUUUUUGCUGGGGUUUUACUGACAUUGCUGCUGACAGCCCUUAUCUUCUUCAUCAUAAAGUGCUAUAGAAAACGUCAUUCCAGUCCCCAACGCCUGGAUCCUCACUCAGAUCUUCCUGCCAGGCAUUCAUCCAUACCAAAGGAGUCACUUGUCUAUGCCAGCAUGACUUUCAAACCCUCAGAAGAAAACAGCAAUCGCUUAUCUACAAACCAUUCUGUACACACAGAUCCUGUUGUAUAUGCUCAGAUAAAGUGAUAAACUUACGCAGUCAGGUCUGAGGCCAUUUAUCGCAUCUAUGUGUCAUUUUUUUUUACAAAUUUGUGACUACAGCCUAUGUGAAAUUAUGAUCAGAGUUGGGUUGAUGUGUGAUCUGACAACAUAUUCCCAGCAGUUUUGAAAAUGAGUGCUCAUUCGUCACCCCAGCUGGAGAAGACUGCUCACCCUCCCAUGUGAACUGACAGUUGAUAACCCUUGAGGGCUUCCUUGUGUCCUUCCAAAGUGUGCAAGACAGAGCUCCAUGUACAAGACUUACUCCCCAGCAUCACUGGUCCACUAGGGAAGAGUCCACCAGAAGAACAAUCUAUUGAGAAUUUUAAAUAAAGAAAAACUCCCCACAAA